AUGCCGUCAUCUCAGGAGCGAUGGGAUCCUCUGGUCAUCUGUGAAAUGGGUCUUCGCAGGCACCAGCAGACUUGUUGUGGCCUCACCAAGAAAGGGACAUAUUGCAAACUCUACCCGACAGUGAAUGACGUUGAUGAAGGUCGCAAUAAGCUGAAAGCCCUUGCUAGAAGGCAAUUUGAUCCUUCCGCCCUCCCUAUCCUGCGCGACAUUGCGUCUCACUUUCUAUGUCGGCGAUGGCAUCGGACACGCCAGGCCGACCAAAUCGGACAACAGUGGUAUGAUGCGGCUGUCGGUAAUCUGCCUUACAUACCAGUGGCUGCGCCUGUGCGACCGGAGACAACCCGUAUCACCAGACGACAUGUCACACGCGAUAUGCUGCGAGAGAAUAAUGUACCCUGGCGAAUUUCCUCAACCCGUCCAGCCACUUAUUCUAUUGAACGCGGAUCGCACUCGUUGUGGCUCAAGAGUUUCAACGAGUGGCCCGCCUCAGAACACAUGAAUUGCCUGAUCUGCCUCCAGGAAGCCCAAGCCGAGCCUGUAGUUCUGAAAUGUGGAAGAUGCGUUUCGUUUGUCCAUUUGGAUUGUAUGGAAACUUGGCUCGGAAUUUGUCCACCUGGGAAUAAUCCCCCUUGUCCAAUAUGUAAACAUAACGGAGCUUUUGACGCGUUCUUUUGCUCCUUGAGGAUAGACGGCCCUAGUGGUGAAACACGGGUCGACGGAUCGGUGUCUUCCGAGCAACGUAUCCAUCGAUCAACCCGUUCCGUUGACCGUUCCGUGGAUAGGUCCUCUCCGGAUCGCUCGGCCACGGAUGGGUUAGCGGUGGAAAACCAACCAAUUGUAUCGACUCAACGACGGUCAGCUCGACUUGCACAACAAACCGACCCUUCAGGGUUGUCUGACCUAUCUGAGCUCCGUCGGUCGGCGCGGAGGGGACAGCCUCCAGAACGAUUCCAGUAG